GUGGUAACAGGUGCAACAAAGUCUGACCACACUAAACAGAGGUGAAAACGGCUGGACAUUUUAAACCAAAGUGGGCAGCAAUAUGCUUAUUUUCAGUCUGGUUUUAAGUAAGUCUUUAAAGAGUUACAGACUGCGUUAAAUACUAACAUGAGGAUUCAAUACUUGUUUUGGGCUUUUAUUUUGAAGGUGCUGUAACCGGAAGUUUUUUAAUUGUUGCUGCAUGGCGGAACAAGCGUGACUGGAUUAAUCGUUUUCAGUUUUAAUGAGUUCAUGUUAGUUAAUUUACGACUAAAUCAAGAACAUAGAAACGGGUUUACAAGCUGUUAAGCUCCCUGAAUUUAUAGACACGGAGUUCGUUCAGAAAAUACCAGGUUUGUGUCUGUUAGCUUGUCUGCUAGUGUGCUCGCUGAGGAGUCUGGAGAUGUGCUCUCAGACCAAGGCUGCAGCUCUGAUGGCUAACAUAGCGCGAGCAGACAUCGACCCGUCCGGCGUCUUCAAGUACGUCCUGAUAAGAGUGCACAGCAGAGAGGAGGGAGACGACGCGGAGAUAGAUAUAGUCCGAGGAUACGGAUGGGCUGAGUACCAUGCUGACAUCUAUGAUAAGGUUUCUGAGGAGCUGGAAAAGGGCGGCCACCUGGACUGUGAGUGUAUCGGAGGAGGGAGGAUCAAACAUGAUCCCGAGGCUAAGAAGAUCCACGUCUAUGGAUACUCCAUGGGUUUUGGAAGAGCAAACCACGCAGUAACUACUGAGAAACUGAAGGCUCGGUAUCCAGACUAUGAGGUGACCUGGGACAAUGAAGGAUACUGAACUGAACUGAGAUCAGCCUCUGGAUGCUCUUUCUCCUGGACUGACACGGAACUGAUCUGUAAUCCCUUUUACGAAGGCAAAUGCUUGUCAUUUAGAACUGCACAGAGUUGGAUAAGGAGCUUUUUGAUACCCCAUUGAUAACUCAAGACUAAUACUGACAUGCAACGACAAGUCUGAUUAGAAAACAAGCCUUAUUUUGGUGGGUCUUAUUUAUAUGCUACAAUUUGAGUAAAAAAAACUAUUGCAAUAUUAAAACAAAUAGGUCAUUAUCUUCAGUACUGUAAAAUCUCAUCUGGAAUUAUAGAAUAAUAACUGCAGUCGCUCACUGACUUGUUUUAGAGUCGCAUAGCUUCGUAGAUUUGAUCUAAUCACUAAGACCUUUAUCACUGUAUUGGAAAGUGAACCUUAAACGCUUUGUCGAGAUGUUUGUUUCAUAAAUGUUUCCUGAAAUCUACUUUUAAAUCGUGUGCAUACUGUUUCCUUCUGUUGCAUAGCAGAAAAGUGAAAUCGCCCCCUAUCAUUGCUUCGCAGUUGUUUUCUUGUCGGCCACUGACAGGACUGUAAACUGCUGGUGGACGUUGGUCCUAAUUUAAAGUGAUGAGAUAAAACAAAGGAACUUGAUGAUCUUCCAAGAUUA